AUUAGUAAUACACUUGGAGAAGUUGAAAUUGCUUUGAAUAUAGAUGUCUGUGAUCAAGACCCAGAAAUUAUAUUAACUCCCGAAGAAAAGCAAGUAUAUGGGCAGUUGUUCAAAGUUGCUGAUGUUGAAAAAAAGGGCGUGAUUGAAGGUCAACAUGCCGUUAAACUCUUUGAAAAGUCGGGAUUGCCUGCAAAAACAUUAGGCGAGAUUUGGCAAAUCGCUGACUAUAAUAAUCAAGGUUUUUUGACACAACAAACCUUCAGUAUCGCUAUCAGAUUAAUUGCUCAAGUUCAGAACG